CAUGAAGUCGGUGGCUGUAACUUUCUGUGUCCUCUGCUUUCAGUUUGAAGCCCUGUACGGAGCUGAUAGCUGCUCGUCAAGACCGUGCAAAAAUAUAGAUCAGCCUCAUGUCUCUGACCCCCAGGUGAUGGUGGAAUUUGAAAAUGGAAACUUCAGGUUCACAUUCCCCAAUCCCAAAAAUGUGAGUGAGUUCAGCAUGACCCUCUUCAAAGGGCUUGAAAAGAAGGAGAUCUGUGCACUCCAUUUGAGUGAGGAGAAAGUUAUCCCCAAGAGUAAUGUCACCUACUGUCAGACAGAGCAUUCAAAUAGCAGUACCACUUUCAUUCUUAAAAAUCUGGAAAGAAAGCAUAUUGACAUUUAUACCUACUGCCUGGAGAUGCUCUUACCCCCUCCUUAUAUAGAUUGCCGGCUGAAAGAAACCUAUCUGUACAUCCAAGAUAAGGAAGACAACUGCAUUUCACUGGGACUCAUGUCAUGGAUAAUUAUUGGCCUGAUUAUGUUUGCCAUGAUUUCCUGUAUCUGCUGUGUUGUAGCCUGUUGCUUACGGAACAAGAAUCAGCAGUGUGAACCCAACUCCCAUGAGUACAACAGUGAAUACAUGCCCAUGGCAGCAGUGAAUGCAGCUAAAAAACCAAGAAUCUGAGGUU